AUGGUUAAUGCUGGUGAUUACAGUUUUUCUUUGGGAUAUUACAUUAGUGGUUGUACAACUACAAACAGCAGCAAUACCAAUUUCCCAUAUAUCCUGCUUUCAUUGACCAAAGGACAAUUAGCUGCUUCAGUUGUUAUGCUAGUAUCAUGUCUUGUUUUUGUUGCUAUUUAUAUUUAUGUAUACAUAACAGCAUUGAUGGAUGAACGAGCAGGAUUGAAUAAGAAAUUUUUACCGAAUAAUCAACGUCUACCAAUACCAGAUCCGAUAGCUGGAUUACCUCAACAACCAUGGACAAGUGGGGCACCACAAGCAGUUUCUUAUUCACCCGCAUCAAUGGAUAUAGGUUCUAAUACAAUACGUUCUCAUGAUGGCUCACAAACUGUUCUUUCUCCUAGCUGUCACACAAAGUUUAAAGUACUUGAUCGAUUUUAA